CAGAACGAGUACGGAGUAACGAGAACCGAGAACGAGAAGCAAGAACGAGAACCAGAAGUGUAGAGUAAAAGAAGAGGGCAUUCAGUCAGAUUAAAUAAUUAAAUACAUAUUUUAUAUCCAGAGUACGAUGAGAGAAUAAAUUUUUUAAACGUAGAUAGCGAAAAAAUGUUUUCGUACAACGUAAUUUGAUUGAAAUCAAAAAUCACUCAACCACCAGGUAUAAAACAAUAUAGCCUACAAAUCGAAAUCAGGUGUUAUUGCUGUCAAAAAACCUUCGUGCAAUUGGAAUUGGACCAAGUGUUUGUUUUGGAUUAAAUCUGGUUCUGUUCUGUUGGUUGUUUUUCUAGUUGUAAAGAUAAAUAAUGUCGUUUAAUGAAAAGGAAAAUACUAAAAAUGAACCGACGGGAACUUCAACGGCAACUGCGGCAGCGGCAGUUGGAAAUUCUAAAGACUAUAGCGCAGACGAGGCUUCUGGCAAUGAAUCCCACAAAAUGUAUAAAUCGGAAAGCUAUAGACAAGCUGACAUCCUCCAAGUCAAGGAGGAAAUGAAAAAUCGACGAAAAAAGAAAAAACGAACAAGCUCUUCGCUGCACUCUUCAACUUUUCAGGAACUCUAUAAGUUAACUGGUGAGAUUCUGGGCGAGGGAGCAUAUGCCUCUGUUCAGACGUGUGUCAAUACGUACACCGAUUUGGAAUAUGCUGUGAAAAUAAUCGAAAAAGUACCUGGACAUGCACGUGCUCGUGUGUUUCGAGAAGUGGAAACUUUUCAUCAGUGCCAAGGUCAUCCUGCCAUAUUACAGUUGAUAGAAUUUUUCGAAGACGAUGAGAGGUUUUAUUUGGUAUUCGAGAAAAUCCACGGCGGACCGUUGCUUAAGAAAAUUCAAGAUUCCGUGUGCUUUGCGGAGCACGAUGCGGCCGAGAUAGUUAAGCAACUUGCGUGUGGCCUUGAUUUUCUCCAUAAGAAGGGCAUAGCCCAUCGAGACCUUAAGCCGGAGAAUAUUCUGUGUGUGAAUCGUGAUAAAUUGAAUCCUAUUAAAAUUUGUGACUUUGAUCUGGGUUCGGGGAUCAAGCUGAACGAUGACACAGCUAUGCCUUCAAAGAGUCCCCAGCUAUUUACCCCGGUUGGCAGUGCCGAGUUCAUGGCUCCCGAGGUUGUGGAAUUGUUUCUUGGCGAAGCCAACUACUAUGACAAGCGAUGCGAUCUGUGGUCCUUGGGGGUAAUAGUGUACAUCUUACUGUGUGGCUAUCCGCCGUUUUCCGGCAACUGCGGCAACGAUUGUGGCUGGACUCGUGGCGAGAGUUGCCACUACUGCCAGCAACUGCUGUUCGAAUCCAUCAAAGAAGGUCGUGUCCAUUUUCCCGCUUCCGAAUGGGACAGUGUAAGCGAUGAGGCAAAGGAUUUGGUCAAUAGACUGCUGGUGAAGAACGCCCAGGAGCGUUUGAGUGCCGAGAACAUCUUAAAGCACCCCUGGUUUGCGUCAAUAGAAGCGUUGAAGACGAAAAUUGAGAACAAUCAAAACAUCCUCAAAACUUCGGGGUUGAUUCGCAAGAAUCAGUCGGCUCAGGAAAUAUCCAAGUUCGCAGAAUCGGCCAUGAAUGUCAAACGAGUUAUUUUGCAACACUUUUCGAUGCGCGAAUCUGUGCUUAAGAAAGAGAGACCCAAUAUUUACAUUCCUAAAAUGUUCUCCUAUCAUCAAACUGCGAUUCCGGGAAGUAUUCAGACAGUGGACGGUUGGGCAAUAAAACGAAGUAUUUGCAUUAACAAUAAAAAGAAGAAUAAUGCCUUCUUAGAAAAAGUCAAUGAUAACGGCGAUGAUGCCAAAAGCGGUAGCGGCGGUCUUACCACCGUUCUCGAAUCACCACAGCCGGAUCUAGUGCAGAACGGUAACUCUACAAAUAACCAAAACAAGAUGGAAUGGAAGCAAACUGAAGCUCAAGCCGACGACGUGCAAGUCAAUGCUGAAACUGAAGUCGAAGCCCAAGUGAUGUCUAUUGAUUCGACAAAAGUUGAAGUUGAAUCUGAAUCUAAUAAUUCAAGUGCAAUGGAGCUCGAAAAUGAUAAAACCGCAAUAAAGUCUGCCGCCAAUGAUGAAAGCCCUUAUGACGAAUAUGCCUUAACUGAACUGAGGAGCAACUUGACAAACAAGAAGCAUCAUCAAGCGGCUUCUGAAGUUGGCCCUCUCAUCUAUUCGGACAAACUCAAUCAUCAUCACAUAGAUUUAAGCAAAGAAAAUCUAAUAUCCUCCAACAGGAAUCAAACAAUGGAGAAAUACAUAAUGAACGAUCGUAUCUGUCUUCCCUGCAAACGGUUCGAUAAAGACGAAAACUAUCCAAAGCUCUCCGACAAGUCAAACACCAAUAAUUCUAUUGCUGUGGCAAGAAAGGAGUCAAUUACAGACAAAAUAAGCUGGCGCAAUGAUUGUGUUCGUUCGAUGAUAAGCGUUUGCUGCUUAUUGAAAAUGCGAAAUUCCAAUAAUUGGAACAUCGAUCGCGAUCCUCCUUCUUCUCAUCCUACAACCGAUCGUGAUGGUAUAAUAUUGAAUGAGGAGAAAUUUGGCUAUAAGCAACGUGAAAGUCCUGCCCAAACGUACGAUCUGCAAGCACCCAGUGAGAGUUGUCUCAUGCAGCGCCGUAUGCACAAGUUUUACCUAAAUAUAUAAAUACCUAUAAAUAAAAAUAACGAUGUAAAUCGAUGUGUGAAAUCAAGUUAAAAACUUAUUUUGUUGAAUAAUAAUUAAUUAAUAAAAAACAGCCUUUUAUUGAAUGAAAA